UCUAAUCACGUGAUCACAAAAUGGUGGUUGAACUUUCAGUUCCGUUAUGACAGUUUGAAAACUGUAACUUUUUUUCUCUGCUUCCUCGGUUAUUAUCUUGAGUUUUGCUUUAUGAUAAUUUGACUUGUAUAUAAUUUGACUUGUAUAUAAGAUGAAGUGAACAGAAAAAUGAAAUCCAUUGAAGCGAAAGUGGUAGUUCUGGGUUCUCAAGCGGUUGGAAAGACAAGUACUGUUAUUCGAUAUGUUGGGGGAAUGUUCAGCAAAGCAGUCAGUCCAACCAUUGGAGCUUCAUUUUUCACAUACAAACUAACUUUGAACAACUACAGGAUGAAACUACAAGUAUGGGAUACAGCGGGCCAGGAGAGGUUUAGGUCAAUGGCUCCCAUGUACUACAGGAAGGCCAAUGCAGCUAUGUUGAUUUAUGACAUCACCUCGGAGGACAGUUUCUAUGACAUCAAAGACUGGGUCAGUGAACUGAAAAAGAAUGUUGAUACACCCAUUGUGAUGUGUCUUGUGGGAAAUAAGAAUGACCUUGAAGAAAGUCGACAGGUCAACACCAAAGAAGCUCAAGAAUAUGCAGAAUCAAUCGGGGCCCUGUUCCACGAAACCUCAGCUCUCAAGAACAUAGGUAUUGAGGAGGCCUUCCUCCAGGUGGCCCAGCAGCUGGUGAAGCUAUACGAGACCUCCCCUAACAGUGGACUAUACUCUAUAGACCUGGAUCAGUCCUCACAGGUACAAAAUCCUAACGAGUCUGCUGAAAGCUUCCGACUGCCUCCAGAUAGAAACUCCUCACAAAACACAGCCAGUUCUAAGUGUGCCUGCUAACUUGUUUACUGAACAAAAGCUUUGUCUCAACUUUAUAGACAGAAUCAGCAUAUCAUUUUGAAUUUAGUAUUACAAUGUACGAACUGACUUUAUGUAAAAUAUUAUCAGUACAAAUAUAAUUCAUGUACAUAAACUGUGAAAUGUACAAAAAAUUGUACAUUCCUGAAUUCUGAAAUGUUUUUAUCACAUAGCUCUUAAGGUGUUUUCAAGGGCAACAAUCAUUUCUUAAUAUAUAUGUAUACCAUAUUCCUAUUUGAAUUUACAUGUAUAAUAACACUUCAUGCUCAAACACUGAAAUGGGGAGAUUUUAUUGGGGAAAAAGCAUGUUACAUAUUGAUUUCUUUAUUAACUACAUUUUCUUUGUAUCUUAUUUAAUAUUUUCAAUUCAUUUUGAAAAUGAAUAUGAUGAAUUGAGUAUCCCUGAUGAACAAAAAACAAUAUCUUUCGCAUUGACAUUUUUUUUUAAUAUCACCUGAGCUGAAAGCUCAAGUGAUUUUUCUGAUGGCCCAUUGCCCAUCAUACAUCCAUCUGUCUGUAAACUUUUCAUAUUUUGAACUUCUUUUCAAGAACUACCAUGCCAAAUUUAACAAAAAUUGGGACAAAGCAUCCUUGGGUGGAGGGGAGUUGAAAUUUUUUAAAUGAAGAGCCAAACCCCAUUUCAAGGGGAGAUAAUGAAGAAAAGACAAAAAUAGGAUUGGGUCAUUAAAAAAAAUCUUUCUGUCAAGAUUGACUUGGCUAGAAAUGCAUUAACUUAUAUGGAAGCAUCCUUGGGUAGUAUAGAUUUUAAUUUGUUAAAAUCACGUCCCAGGGGGUAGGAUUGGGCCUUAAUAGCGAAUACAGAUUUAACACUGAAAUGUACAGGGAAAUUCUUUAAAAAUCUUCUUCUCAGGAACAACUGAGCUACAAAUGCCAAAAAACUUAUUUGGAAGUAUUCUGGGGUAGUGUAAAUUCUGAAUUGUUGAAAUCAUGACCCUAGGGGUAAAAUGGGGCCACAAUAGAUACUACAAAGGGGCAAAGUCUGGGGAAGAAGAGCUGGGUCAAAGUUACUCAGGUGUUGUGGCCAUGGUGCCUCUGGUUUAUUUUUAUUUAGAAAGGCUUUUUUCCUCCUUAGAAAGGCAACUAUGAGUAAUGACAAUAGAACACCUUUUCUUUUUCAAGAUUAUCCCUGUUGUUUUAAUUUUGUAUACUGUAAGAGUGGUGAUUGGAAUUAUUGUAUAACAUGUAAAGGUUGUGUAUUCUUUUUAGCUCACCUCAACGAAGUUGGGGGGAGCUUAUGUGAUACCCUCGGCGUCGGCGUCGGCGUCCCGGGUUAAGGUUAAGUUUUUUGGAGCAGUUUUCUUUUUAAGUACUUCUAUGUCCUAUAUUGAUUGGACAUGCAUGAAAGAUGUUUCUAAUGUGUUUCAUUGUACCAGUCAAAGUUUCAGAUGCUGCAAUUUCAGCAAAGGAAUGACCAGGUUAAUGUUUUUGGUGCAGGUUAACAUUUUUGGUGCAGUUUUUGGUGUAGUCUCAUUUCCGAGUAACUAUAAGCCCUAUGUUGACCAAACUUACAUGGAUGGUACAUCUUAGGAUGCAUACUACCAGACUUGCUUCGGAUGCUGAAUCUGACCUACAUUUUCCGGUUGAGUGAACAGGUUAAAGUAUUUGGUGCAGGUUUCAUUUCAAAGAUACUAUGAGCCCUAUAAUGACCAAACUUGCAUGGAUGGUACAUCUUAGGAUGCAUACUACCAGUCUUGCUUCGGAUGCUGAAUCGGACCUACAUUUUCCGGUGGAGUGAACAGGUUAAAGUUUUUGGUGCAGGUUUCAUUUCCAAGUUACUAUGAGACAUAUAAUGACCAAACUUGCAUGGAUGGUACAUCUUAGGAUGCAUAUUACAAGACUUGCUUCGGAUGCUGAAUCUGACCUACAUUUUCCGGUUGAGUGAACAGGUUAAAAUUUUUGGUGCAGGUUUCAUUUCCAAGGUACUAUGAACCCUAUAAUGACUAAACUUGCCUGGAUGGUACAUCUUAGGAUGCAUUCUACCAGACUUGCUUCGGAUGCUGAAUCUGACCUACAUUUUCCGGUUGAGUAAACAGGUUAAAGUUUAUGGUGCAGGAUUCAUUUCCAAGUAACUUUGAGCCUAUAAUGACCAAACUUGCAUGGAUGGUUAGUUUUUUAUACAGGUUUCGUUUCCAAGUAACUUUGAGCUUUAUGUUGAACAAACUUGCAUGGAUGAUACAUCUUAGGAUGCAGACUAAUGGACUUGCUUCAGAUGCUGAAUUCGACAUACAUUUUCCAGAUAAUAGACCUCGUAAAAGUUAUGGGUGCAGGUAUAUCACCAAGAAACUAUAAGGCUUAUAUAAACCAAAGUUGCACAAAUGAUGCAUUAAGGGAUGAAAACUCUCAAUCUUGCUUCAGAUGCUGGAUUUUAAUUACAUUUUCAUGAUGAAGAACUAGUUUUAAGUUUUUAUAUAGGUCUAUUCCAAAGUAUCAAAAUUGCAUAAAUUUUGCAUUUUUGGUUGUACACUUUUUGUUGGUUAAUUGUGUGACUUAAUUUGCCUUACUUAAAGACAACAUUCAUUGAGGUGAGCUCUGUAAUCUCUGAUUACCUAUGUUUUUUUCAGUGAAGGCUUUAAUUGGCUUUCAAAUAAAUAAUUUCUUGUGAUAGUGAUCUAAAUGUAUAUGUAUUUAUACAGGCUUGAUAAACAGUACAAUGCUUGUACAUUUAUAAUACAAUGUUGCUGAAUGCUUAUUAUUUAUUAAAGAUGCAUUUUAAUAACUUAAAAA